AUGAUUUCAGCUGAUGAGAAGAGACGAUUAAGGGCCCUGAAAAAGGAACAGAAACGGCUCGAGGAACUCGAGAAGGGCAACUCCGAGGACGAACGACGCGCUAAGCUGUUUAUUCGCCGCCCGUUGCUCGAACUGCCCAAUAAGGAACAGUUUGGAAAAACCUUCACCAUCAUGUCGUACAACUUGCUGGCCCAGGCCCUCAUCCGCAGAAGUUUGUUCCCUAACAACGGCGACAUCCUCAAAUGGAAUAAACGCUCAGAAGCCUUGUUGGCCGAACUGACCCAUUACGCCGCAGAUAUCAUGUGUCUUCAGGAAAUGGACUAUAUCCAGUAUAACACUUUCUGGAACCCAGAGCUUGAAAAAUUGGGUUAUAGCAACAGAUUCUACAGAUCGGGCACCAAAAACCACGGAGUGGCCAUUUUCUUCCGCACGUCCAAGUUCCAGCUGGUUGAUUCCACCGUUAUCGACUACGAUCAGGUCCCCACUGCAAAUAUCGUUCCAAGAACAAAUACUUUAAACGUGGGUCUCCUGGUGGCAUUAAGACCAGCCGACGAUCCGUCCAAAUUGCUGAUUGUGGGAACAACGCAUCUGUUCUGGCACCCGUUUGGAACUUACGAACGAACAAGACAGACAUACAUCGUUCUCCAGGAAACGUCCAAGUUUGAGAAAAGUGUUCAGGCCUCGCAUCCAGAUUUUGAAAAAUCGUACAAGUUCUUCGCCGGAGACUUCAACUCCCAGCCAUACGACUCACCGUACUUGUCGAUUGUGCAGAAACCGAUCAAGUACAACGCAAGAUGUCUGAAGGUGAUCUCGUGCUCUGCCGCGUACGAUUACGCCGAUCAGGAAGCAAAUACUCUGGAAACACCGGUUCCUGAAGAGUUCCAGCCCAACGAGCAACAAGAGAAGCUAGUCCAUGAUAUGGAGAACUUGCACAACUCGCUGGGUACCAGGGCAAUCUCGCUGUACUCGCUUGGCUACCAUUUGAUAGACCCGGAAAACGCAGGACUCGAUAACGAGAGAAACGAGCCGUUUUUCUCGAACUGGGCACACACAUGGAGAGGUCUGUUGGACUAUAUUUUCUUUGUGACGGAUUGGGACUUUUCGGACUGCACACAGUUGGAACAAUUGGAAGACUUCCAGUCGAAAUAUGGGGUGCUUAUAAAAAAACUGCUGAAACUUCCGCACCCUAAAGAAAUGAACGAAGGACAGCCCCGCGAGGGAGAAUACCCAAGUGAUCAUUUGUGUUUGAUGGCAGAGAUAGAAUUGAAAUAA